GGGGAGGGCUCAGCAGUGGCACAAGAGCAACGAGCAGGAACUGAUGCACAGGAAGUUUAUCUCAACAUGAGGAAGAACAUUACUGUGCGGGUGACCUAGAUAAGGGGUGGAGUGUCCAUCCCUGGAGAUAUUUUUAAAAAACCCCAACAAAACACCAAAACACAAAAGGACGGAGUUCUGUUUCGUUUUCUCUGGGAUGAUCGCUCUGGACCACACCAGGGCUCUUCCAGUCUGACUCCCGGUGUGAUUCUGGGACUCGGAGGCGGCGGCGCUUCCGGGCAGCGGGCGGCGGCUCCGGGGCUGAGCGGCGGCUCCGGGAAGGGACCGGCGGCGGUUCCGGGGCUGAGCGGCGGCUCCGGGAAGGGACCGGCGGCGGCUCCGGGGCUGAGCGGCGGCUCCGGGAAGGGACCGGGGGCGGCUCCGACCAUUGAGCGGAGAUUCCAAUAAGGGACCGGCGGCGGCUCCGGGACUAAGCGGCGGCUCCGACCAUUGAGCGGUGAUUCCAAUAAGGGACCGGCGGCGGCUCCGGGCAUUGAGCGAUGGCUCCGUGGAGGGACCGGCGGCGGCUCCGGGGCUGAGCGGCGGCAGGUCCGGGCAUUGAGCGGAGAUUCCAAUAAGGGACUGGCGGCGGGUCCGAGGCAGAGCAGCGGCUCCGGGGUUUGAGCGGCGGUUCUGGAAAGGGACCGGCGGCUGUCCCGGGACAGCGGCGGCUCCGGGGUUUGAGCGGCGGCUCCGGAAAGGGACCAGCGGUUCCGGGGCUGAGCGGCGGCUCCGGGCAUUGAGCGGCGAUUCCAAUAACGGACCGGCGGCGGUUCCGGGCAUUGAGCAGCGGUCCCGGGGCUCAGCGUUGGCUCCGCUGCCCAGGGCUCCGGGCACUGAGCGGCGGUGCCGGGGCUCAUUGACGGUCCCGGGCAUUCAGCGGCGGUGCCGGGGCAUUGAUCGGCUCGGCAGUCCGGGCUCCGAGCAUUCAGCGGCGGUGCCGGGGCACCGAUCGUUGCGGCAGCCCGGGCUCGGGGCCAUGGAGGAGCAGCAGCGGCGGGCGCUGCGGCGCGGCCGGGCCCGGCUGGUUGCGGCGCUGCGGGUGGAGCCGCUCUGGGAGCCGCUGGAGCAGCGCGGCCUCUUCACCCGGCCCAUGCUGGAGGAGCUGCAGAGCGCUGGCAGCCGAGGGGAGCAGGCCCGGCAGCUGAUCAUCGACCUGGAGACUCGAGGGAAGCAGGCUUUCCCUGCCUUCCUGUCCAUCCUCAGGGACACUGGGCAGGGCAGCCUGGCCGAGAUGCUGACCCAGGAGUGCCAGUCCCGGCCGGUGCCACCGCAGCUGCCAGACCUGCAGCCCGUGGAGCUGGAGCUGCGGGAGGAAAAACAGCGGAAAAAUGUGACCCCUCAUGAACGUUUGUCUAUCCCAGUCCAAGCUGAGAGUGAAAAACCUCGAAUACCUCCUGUGCCAACUCGGGGUUCAGCUGUUGACAAGAGGAGCCGUGACCAAGAGUAUGAGAUGAAAGCAGAUCCCUGUGGACACUGCCUGAUCCUCAAUAAUGUCAACUUCUCCAGAGACUCGGGGCUGUCCACCCGAGAGGGCUCUGACCUUGACUGUGAGAAGCUGGAGAGGCGCUUCAAGGCCUUGCACUUCACCGUCCUGACCCAGCGGGAUCUGCAGGCUCAGGAAAUGGUGUUGGAGCUGCUGAAGCUGUCACGGCAGGACCACAGUGCCUUGGACUGCUGCAUUGUGGUCAUCCUUUCCCACGGCUGCCAGACGAGCCAUAUUCAGUUUCCUGGAGGCGUUUACGGAACGGAUGGAAAACCCAUUCCCAUAGAAAAGAUUGUGAACUAUUUCAAUGGGUCCAAUUGCCCGAGUUUGAGAGGAAAACCCAAACUGUUCUUCAUCCAGGCCUGUGGUGGAGAACAAAGAGAUCAAGGCUUUGUAGUGGAUUGUGACUCACCUGAAGAUGAAGCUCCUGGGGGUUCUUUGGAAUCAGAUGCGACCCCGUUUCGGGUUCCAUCGGAUAACGGGGAUGAGCCCGAUGCCAUUGCCAGUUUGCCCACACCCAGUGACAUCUUGGUUUCCUACUCAACUUUUCCAGGUUUUGUCUCCUGGAGGGAGAAGUCGAGUGGCUCAUGGUAUGUGGAAAUGCUGGACAGUGUGCUGAAGCAAUAUGCCCAUUCAGAAGACCUGCUCACCAUGUUAGUGAGGGUGGCACACGCUGUCUCUGCCAAGGGGAGGUACAAGCAGAUCCCGGGAUGUUUCAAUUUCCUCCGUAAAAAAUUCUUCUUCACGUGCGACUGACACGUGGCUCCAAGCCCCCUGCCAAGCACUGGAGAUUCUUCCUGUGGCUGAAUGAAACCUGUGCCCAGCAUGACUUGGUGUCAGUGCUCCCUGUGGGUUUUGCCUGUGUGUCCAGAUGUUUGUCUGGGGAAAUGUGAUCUGCCAGCGCUGGCUUUGCUGUGGAGUGGAGAUGAGAUGGAGAUUGUGCUGUGCCAGUGGGAAGUGUUGUGGAUGGAGCAGGAAAUCCCUUUGCUGGAGAACAGAGCCAGAGGAAAGCACUUCUGGCUUGUCCUGACACUGCCAUGCUCAGCCUCAGUGUUUUUCUUUGCUGAUCAUGAUGUUUGUGUCCUGUGCUGCCCGGGUAACUGAUUGAGGGGACCGGGGUCUGAUGUUCAAGUGAAAUGGGAUGAGUUUUUCAGUUCAUGUUUCUAAUAAAUGCAAUUAAAGAGCAAAUCUUUAGCUGUA